GUCUUUUUACAAAUCAGUGACUAGCUAAGCCUACAGGUGACUACAUUGAAUAGAUUUAAGCGUUAAAGCUUACAAUGAGAUUUGCGGUACAUUUCGCUCUUUUGCUCCUCAUUUUGGCUUUGGUUUCAAAAUGUGCUGCCAUAAAUUGUCAGCCCUGCAAAAUCCAGGAAGCAAGAAGGAAGCACGCCGAGGAUAUGCAGCGGAAUGAAGAACGAGUAGGAAGCAGCACUGAGUUGCCAAUAAUGCACAUUUGAUAAAAAAUAAGAAAUGUAAAGCAAUAUCUACAAUGUGUUCAAUUAAAAAAUUGUGACAAAAUUAAGCAUGAAAGAGAAGUAUUUUCUGCAGUGAAAAGACAUCAGAAUAAAUUAAGCAAAAAAUGAA